AUGUCGGCCCCGCAGAUGGUUCAGUGCUUCGGCAAGAAGAAGACAGCGACCGCUGUCGCAACAUGCAAGAAAGGAAAGGGCCUCGUCAAAGUCAACGGCAAGCCAUUAGCUCUCGUCCAGCCUGAGAUUCUCCGCUUCAAGGUCUACGAGCCCCUCCUAAUCCUCGGCCUCGAGCGCUUCGCCGAAGUCGACAUCCGCGUCCGCGUCCAAGGCGGUGGUCACACCUCCCAAGUCUAUGCCAUCCGUCAGGCUAUCGCCAAGUCGAUCGUCGCCUACUACCAGAAGUUUGUCGAUGAGCACACCAAGAACUCGCUGAAGCAGGCGCUGGUGCAGUAUGAUCGCACGCUAUUGGUUGCGGAUAACAGAAGAAGUGAGCCCAAGAAGUUUGGUGGUCCGGGUGCGCGGGCAAGAUACCAGAAGUCGUAUCGUUAG